CGCCACUGCAGUUAGAGCGGCCGCCGCAGCAGCAGCCACAGCGGCAGUCGCAGCGAGCGGCGCUCGGCGGGCGCGCCCUCCUCAAGGAAGCCGCCCGCCCCCCAUUAUCGCUCCCUCCGGCGUGUUCAUGCCCCCGGGGCCCCAGGGAGCGCCAUGGCCCGAGCACGCCAGGAGGGCAGUUCCCCGGAGCCCGUAGAGGGCCUGGCCCGCGACGGCCCGCGCCCUUUCCCCCUCAGCCGCCUGGUGCCCUCCGCCGUGUCCUGCGGCCUCUGCGAACCCGGCCUGCCCGCCGCCCCCUCCGCCCCCGCCCUGCUGCCCGCCGCCUACCUCUGCGCCCCCACCGCCCCGCCCGCCGUCACCGCCGCCCUGGGGGGCCCCCGCUGGCCUGGAGGUCCCCGCAGCCGGCCCCGAGGCCCGCGCCCGGACGGUCCUCAGCCCUCGCUCUCGCCCGCGGAGCAGCACCUGGAAUCGCCUGUGCCCAGCGCGCCGGGGGCCCUGGCGGGAGGCCCCACCCAAGCGGCCCCGGGAAUCCGGGGGGAGGAGGAGCAGUGGGCCCGAGAGAUCGGGGCCCAGCUGCGACGGAUGGCGGACGACCUCAACGCGCUGUACGAACGGCGGAGACAAGAGGAGCAGCAGCGACACCGCCCCUCACCCUGGAGGGUCCUGUACAAUCUCAUCAUGGGACUCCUGCCCUUGCCCAGGGGCCGUGGAACCCCCGAGAUGGAGCCCAAUUAGGUGCCUGCACCCGCCCGGUGGACGUCAGGGACUCGGGGGGCAGGACCCUCUCACCUCCUGACGCCCUGGCCAGUGCGGGGGACUUUUUCUGCACCAUGUAGCAUACUGGACUCCCAGCCCUGCCUGUCCCAGGGGCGGGCCAGGGCAGCCACUCCAGACCCAGCCCCGGCCCUGCCCGGGGUGCACUGACGAGAGGUGGACUCCUGGGUCCCUGGCUGAGAAGCCAGGGAAGAGAGGGCUGCGGGCCUCAGCGUUGGAAGGCGGCGGUGACUGAGGGGGUGGGGACUGAGCCGCCUGCCUCUGCUGCCCACCACCAUCUCAGGAAAGGCUGCUGGUGCUGGCUGCCCCUUCCAGCUGCAGGGUGAUGCUGGGGGGUCUCCCUCCCAGUGCUCCUUCUCUUUAGGCCUGCCCUCAGGCCCCUGGUGCUUCCCCCCCUCCUCCCAGGGAGGGGGUCCGUGAAGAGCAAAUGAGCCAAACGUGACCACUAGCCUCCUGGAGCCAGAGAAUGGGGUGUGUCUGACGGCUGCCCCAGCCCAGCGCCCAGCCAUCUUCCCUGAGCCAGCCGGCGGGUGGUGGGCAUGCCUGCCUCACCUUCAUCUGGGGGUGGCCAGGAGGGGCCCAGACUGUGAAUCCUGUGCUCUGCCCACGACCACCCCCCGCCCCCAUCAAUCCCAUUGCAUAGGUUUAGAGAGAGCACGUGUGACCACUGGCAUUCAUUUGGGGGGUGGGAUAUUUUGGCGGAAACCGCCCCAGCCUUAGUCCCCAGGGCGAAGCGCUGGGGGGAAGACGGGGAGUCAGGGAGGGGGGAUUCUCAGAAGAGGGAGGAGUCUGGGAGCGGGGAGGGGUGGCCCAGCCUGUAAAAUACUGUAUAUGCGCUGCUGUAGAUAACGGAAUGAAUUUUCUGUACAUGUUUGGUUAAUUUUUUUUGUACAUGAUUUUUGUAUGUUUCCUUUUCAAUAAAAUCAGAUUGGAACAGUG